CCGCCCCGUGCCGUGGCGUCGGUAGGUGCGCGUGCGGCCCCCCGCCGUCCCUUCUGCUGUGAGGGGCCGCGGGAAGGGGUAGGCGGCCCGCGGAGGAGGACGGUCGGGUGGCUCGAGGAGGCCCCGAGGGCUCAGUCCCCGCGGCAUGCCCCCGCCGGGAGCAGGGGGCAACGAUAUGAAUUACUCUCGGUUCAUCACCGCUGUGAGUGCAUCAAGAAAAGCAUCUCCAAUAAGACUUCUGACUGAACUGAUGCAGAAGUCUCCUCCAUCUCUCAUCUCUCUGGCUGGAGGAGUACCAAACCCUAAUCUUUUUCCGUUUAAGAGGGCUACCGUUACUAUUGAACAUGGAACUUCUGUUGAGAUUGGGGAAGAACUGAUGAAGAAAGCUCUCCAAUACUCGGCCUCAGCAGGGAUCCCAGAGCUGUUGUCAUGGCUAAAGGAUUUCCAGCAAAGCCUACAUAACCCCCCGACAGCUAACUACAGUCCUGAGCAAGGACAAAUGGAAGUGUGUGUCACAACUGGCAGCCAGGAAGGCUUGUGUAAAGUGUUUGAAAUGCUCAUUAGUCCUGGGGACAACGUCCUUUUGGAUGCACCUACAUAUGCUGGGACACUAGCAGCUCUGAGACCUUUGGGUUGUAAUAUAAUUAACGUUCCUAGUGACGAACAUGGCAUUAUUCCAAAAGCUCUAAAAGAAAUUCUAUCUGCUUGGAGCUCAGAUGAUGUGAAAAAUCACAGCCACCAUCUCCCCAAAUUCCUGUACACAAUUCCGAAUGGCUGCAACCCAACUGGAAACUCUCUGACCACAGAGCGCAAGAGGGAGAUUUACCAGCUUGCAAGAAAAUAUGAUUUCCUCAUAAUAGAGGAUGAUCCUUACUACUUUCUUCAGUUUGAAAAGCCAUGGGCUCCAACUUUCCUCUCAAUGGAUGUGGAUGGCAGAGUUAUCAGGACUGACUCUUUCUCUAAAAUUCUCUCAUCUGGGUUAAGAAUAGGUUUUCUGACAGGUCCCAAGCCUCUUAUCGACAGAGUUAUUCUACACAUUCAGGUUUCAACAAUGCACACCAGCACUUUUACACAGAUUAUGAUAUCACAGCUGCUUCACCAAUGGGGGAAAAAGGGUUUCUUGGAGCAUAUAGACAGAGUGGUGGAGUUCUACAGGACCCAGCGGGAUGCAAUGCUCCUUGCUGCUGACAAAUGGUUAAAAGGCUUGGCAGAAUGGUACCCUCCUACUGCUGGCAUGUUCUUAUGGAUCAAAAUUAAGGGUGUUUCUGACACCCAUCAGCUGAUCAUGGAAAAAGCUUUGCAGAAAGAAGUGUUACUGGUUCCUGGAGGCGCAUUCAAUAUUGAUAGUUCAGAGCCUAGCUCUUAUGUCAGAGCCUCUUUCUCUCUGUCUUCUCCAGCCCAGAUGGACCUGGCCUUCAAGAGACUGGCUGACCUCAUAAAAGAAGCUUUGUAAAAAAGCUAAGUGGAAAUCUUGUAGCAAUCAAAAUUGUCUCCAGAUUUAUUAACAUUUGGAUUUCAUCAGAACACUUUAAAAGCAAGCACAAUCAGUGGAUGUUUCCUUAAACUGUUUCAGCUAAAAAAGAAAAAAAAUGAAAGUUAAAAAGCAGUUUACUUAAUUUUUUUGGCAGGAUUGCAUUACUAAGUUUCUUUCGAUUCAGGAAUAUUUAAAAUACUAUAAAAAAUGUUCCUUUUCCCAUCAAAUCCCUGUUUUUUUUAGAUCUGAGUUGAUUUUUGUACUGGCUUUUGUUUUCCAUUUGGGCUGGGAAACAGGGAAAUCAGUUAGUUAGGAAAUUGUAGCUGAGGUGGUCUUAGCUGCUAUUUCUUAAUCACACCUGAUACAUUCCUCCAACACCUUCUGCUGUAAUUGGUUUUGUGUGUCACUUUCCUUCUUGUCCUGCUGUAUGGCAUCUGGCUUUGAAGAUUUGAAGAUCACUAUUUAAUUUUAUUAAAGUUUUGUCAGAUAAAACUGAUGUAGGGAUGUUAGAAAACUUAAACUGAUCCAGCAAAAUUAGGCUAUGAUUGCAAAUAACGUAACUUGUAGUCUGUGAGUUACAGAUUCACAGAUGUGAAUAGUUACUCUGUGAAUAGUUAGCUACUCUUAAAAGGUUGUUAGAAAUUCUCUGGUUUGCAAAUGCAUUUGGAUGUGCUCCCUGCUUGUAGUUAAUCAGUGUCAACUGUGGUUUUGAAUAGAGAGUGCUGGUAACUGAACAGGGGAUGGGGUGGAACGGAGAGUACCCUGAGCUGCCAGAGGUACAGAGCAAGCAAAAUGAAAAAAAAAUAAUGCUUUGAUCUCUAAUCCCUUCAUAGCAUCAUCCCAAACAUUUGCUACUUGGCAACAUGUACAAAGCCUUCAGAAAGCUUUAGCUGUACAGAUUCUCCAAGGCUUCCCAUUUUGCGGAGUGACUUUACAUUUUGUGACUGUUUGGAUGAAAGGGCUGUGGUUUUCCACCAGUAGCAGGUGGUUGUUUCUGUACAUGCGAGUGUUCAGAAUUUCAAAGUAAAAAUACAUGUUCAAGGAUCCAGCCAGUCCUUCAGCAGCCAGGCGCAACCUUGCUCAAUUGGAAGUUCCACAAGAGUCACGAUUUUAGUGCUUAUUAACAAUAAUUUUCAUUCCCUUUUUUCCCCCUAGUUAUAAGUUGUGUGUGUCAUAACAAACCAGCACAGAUAUCUGCCUUUUCCAGAAUCUCUUCUCUCAUCAGGAUGAUGCCAGAGCUCUCAGGUCACCAUCACCUUUUAUCUCCAUCUCAAGUCUUUUAAUUCAUCCAUUCAUCCAAGACUUCUCUGCACUUUGCAGCUUCUCAAGCAGCAUAUCUAAGCACAAUCCUUUCCCCUCUUCUUCUCAUUACUGUAACUUUUAUUCAAAUCCACAUGAUUUUCAGACUAAUUCUAUCCAAUUUGAUGUUGGUAGGUGACACUGUUCCUCUCACAUCCAUUCAGAGCACUCAGUAUGGUCCCAAUUUGUCUGUCACUCCUGCUGUCCUUCUGCAACUCAGUUUCUUAACCAUCUGUAGUAAUUUUUACCACAGGUUCAAUUUAGAAAAUCAUUGUAUACCACAGAAUGAAUUGAUGUGUCUGUUUAAUUAAAAUGUUUCUGCAGAGGAACAAAUGUAAAAGUCAUUUAAGACUGGUUUGAGUUCUAUGGCAAACCAUACUGUCAUUGUCAAAUGCUAUUGUCAUAUUGGCAUUCAGCCAGAUCUGAAUUAGGAAAAAUGUAAUUGAAAUGUCAUUAUUAAGCAAGCUUUAUAUUGGUUUUGUGUUGAAUAAUACAGCUCUUAAUUUUUAGAGAUCUGAGUGUUAAUUUAGGUGAAUGUAAGCAAAUAGCAGUUCCAUUUGCUGCACAUUAGAUGCUUUUGCUCUCAGCUAAUUUAAUUUAGAGAGAGUUUGAGUUUUUUGCCUGACUGAUGAGGCAUCUAAAAUUACUGCAAAUUGAACAAUGGCAGUGCAAUCUUAUCUGCACUGACUGUUUCUCCAAACCUCUUAAAGCACAAUUUGUGGUCCCUUGGGAGAGAGUGGUUGCUGUGAUUAAACGUUCCUGGAGGAAGACAAAAGGAAAAGAGUGGGCAGCAGGUUCACAUGGAAAGAAACGCUCUGGCAUAUGAAAGUUUAGGGGUUUCCUUUCUGCUUCAUCCAUCCAAGAGCAAGUAACCUCUGUCCUUCAAAGCUGGGUUUAAGCCAUCUGAUCCGAGUGUCACAACGUAACAUUGUUGAAGAGAGGUUACAGAGGAAGGGAAGGGCUCAGUGUGCCAAGCACAUACUGGGAUGCAACUUAAGCUUUGGUAAUUGUGGAAGAACUUACAAGAAUGCUGUAGAUGGAUGUAGCAAGGGGGAGCAGUUCUUCCCUGGGAGAAUAGAAAUAUUAACUAUAACAGCUUCAGCGUAGUUCCUCAACUUCUGCGUAAAAUACAUUUACAGAUUUUAGGUUCACACGGGUCAUUGAUCUGAAGGAAAAUAUCCCACUUUACUUUCAAACAGCCAUUCAGCACAGAUUUGGUUAAUGAAUAACUGAGGGAAAAAUACUUUAAUGGGUGAUUCAUGAGACGAGAGAAUAUACUUAUAUAUACCAUAUAACAGUUCUUACGUUAAACUGUGAGCAUGCAGAGAAUUAUUUCAUCUAAUUGAAUGUCAGGCCCUGAGCAUCAGAGGUGGUGUCCAAGGAUUUGUGGAGUUUUUGUGGAAAAUACUUGGUUUAGUUUUGAGCAGUUAUCUCUGAAGUUCUAAAUGCAAAUUAAUCCUUUAAAAAUCAUUUUUUUAAAUCUGUGUGGAACCUUGUAUUUUAAAUUGUGCCCCACAGAUCUGCAGUACUUCCAGUUCUGCCUUUGCAACCUGAAUUGUGAUAUGCUGGGGAAAAUAUUUAAAAGCACUCCACUGAUCUGUGCUGGUGCAUGCCCAAAUGUGUCUUGGUUUUGAGCAGCUCACUGUGUAGACUCUGCAUUAGGUAGGAACAGAACGAUUGCAGUGUUUGAAUGGUAAUCGUUCUGAAUGAAAAGGGCUCUGCAAAUAUAAAUAAACAUUUUUUUCAUUCUUCUAACAUUGCUACCAGAAAUAGCAGUACCUCACUUUUCUCAUGAUGGCAGUGGAAGCUAUUGUGUAACAUGCAAAGCUCAGGUGUCACCAUGGGAGAACCUUGCUGAUUCUUUUUGAGAAUUAAUAUCUCAGAAACAUGUUAAUAAAGCUGGCAGCUGCUAGAAGACUCCCUCCUGUCUGUACAGAAUUUGGGGAAUACUCUCAAAAUAUUAUAUUUUCUUUUUAUUUAUCAACAUAUUAGAUCAGAAUUGAUAUAACAACUGAAUAUGCUGUGAUGUGACCUGGAAAAAAUUAACAUGAAGCUAUUUCUAUUCCUUGAUUUACAGAGAACUUUGAACCUUCUCUGUUUGGCUAAUAAUGAAAUUUGAACCUAAAAGGUUCAGAAGAUUAAAAAUGUUUUGCUGCACUUUCCUCAGAAAAAGUAAGCAUUAACAGAGGUAGAAUACCAUUGGCCUGGCCCAGGAUUUUGGCUCGUUCUUGUAUGCUGGAAUUUCUAACCAGAUUCAGCUCCAGAUGCCAGCACUGAAGCCUUCCUGGUAUCCAGGUGCAUCAACAGAUAGGAAACUCAAUAUUUUCAGUGCAUAUCACCACCAACCUGUAACCACUAACAACAUAGUGGAACAUCUGUAUGUCUCCAUAGCACUGGAAUAAGCACCAGAAGAUGAUGCAGGCACCUCCUGAAUUAGUGGUGGCCAGCAACACUAAGGAAAGGACAAAGUCACAGCUUUCGUACACUGCACAUUUCAGCCUGCAAAUGCACACCAGAUCAGCAGUGCCUUGGAGGAGCAACUGCUGCAGAGUCUUUCAGGAAAGAGAAUAUAAUUGCCUGUGCAAUCCCAGAUUCUAAGAAUAUAAAAGUAAACUAUUGUUUUUGAAGAAACGAGAAGUCUUUUCUGGUUUGGUUUGUAUUUCAGCUUGUUACAUUGUUUGGAUGCAGUAAUCUG